AUGUACAAGCAGAAACCGUUGGAGUACUCCGCGAUACAAGAAGGGCCCACGGAAUCUGCACUGCCGCGUGUCAACUUGAACCGUAGCGGCGUCAACGCCGUCGGGUGGACCAUGGAGUGCUCGAUUUUUGGCGUCGUCUCCUACCCUGACAGCUCCCACACCGGCGUCCCGACCCCGCUGCCGUGGUUCACCGCGCUGUCUGUCGUCGGUGUGGUGGCGGCGCCGGCGGCGGAGCUGGAUGAGGCAGACCGUGAGGCGCUAGAGAUGGAUGGCACGCGCUCGAGCUACACAGAUCCCGGGGACAAAGUGGAGCUGCCCGAGGACCACACGGCGGCCGCAGAGGAGGACGCGUGGCUGUGGCCUGUGACGAUGGCGGCGGCGAGCGAGCACACGGCGCAGGCCGACUCGCCGACAAUGGAGCCCCGUUCGGUUUUCGGCACCAACGCGUCGGCGGUUGUCCCCGGAAAUGAACCCCGUCCUCCGGAUCGGAUCCGGGCGGUGUUGGCCGAUGGCGUGAUCGCCAGCGGGGAUGAUGUUCGAUGUUCCUGGGCCGACCCAGCCGCUCCGCACAACACCCCAGAAACCGCCAUGCUCCUGAAAUUUUUGUUCGGUAAAGUAACACGGAGUGAGCCGUGGGAGCACCUGCAUCCUGCCGAUCAUCGGUACCGGGCGUAG